AUGGCGAUUAUCUACGCGGUUGUGGCGAGGGGUACGGUGGUAUUAGCGGAAUUCAGCGCCGUCACGGGAAACUCAGGCGCCGUUGUGCGGCGGAUCCUCGAGAAGCUUUCGCCGGAAACCGCCGACGAAAGGCUUUGCUUCUCCCAAGACCGUUACAUCUUCCAUAUUCUCAGAUCUGAUGGGCUUACCUUUCUCUGUAUGGCCAACGACACCUUUGGAAGGAGGAUUCCAUUUUCGUAUUUGGAAGAUAUUCAUAUGAGGUUCAUGAAGAACUACGGGAAAGUGGCACAUUCUGCUCCAGCUUACGCGAUGAAUGACGAAUUCUCAAGGGUUUUGCAUCAGCAGAUGGAGUUCUUCUCUAGUAAUACGAGUGUUGAUACUCUCAAUCGUGUUAGGAUCAGGUAG